UGUGACAGAAUGACAUCUUUCAAUCCCUUAGCCAAUAUCCUAACCCAAAACAAGCUUGAGGGUCCUAACUAUGUUGAUUGGAAAAGAAACUUGGACAUUUUGCUUACUGCAGAAGAAUAUAAGUUUGUGCUCAGUGAAAUGUGUCCUGAAAAACCCGGUGAAGGUGCCACUCAAGAUCAAAUUAAGGCUCACCAGAAAUGGGUUAAAGCUGAUGAGAUGGUGCGAUGUUACAUUUUGGCAUCUAUGUCAAAUGUUUUGCAACAUCAGCAUCAGAAAAUGGAUACAACUUAUGACAUCUUAGAAAAUCUCAAGGAGAUGUUUGGAGACCAAACUAGUGCAGCAAGGCAGAACGCACUAAGGGAGAUCCUGACUUCUAAAAUGGAGGAAGGAACUCAAGUAAGAACUCAUGUUUUGAAGAUGAUGAGUCUUCUGAAUGACAUGGAAGUUCUAGGUGCUGAAGUUGACAAGGCUACUCAGAUUGAGAUGGUCUUGAACACUCUGCCUCCCAGUUUUCAGCAGUUUCGUUUGAACUAUAACAUGAAUAAAAUGGAUUUUACUCUGUCUAAACUGCUGAAUGAGCUGGUAGCUGCUGAGACUAUUAUUAAGUAA